UCUUUAAUCUGAAUUUGGACAAAACUGAGGAGAGUUAGCAACACAAAUUAGCAUUUUAACUCUCCCAUUUUCCAUUUUCCCCAUCACUCGCCAAACCCAAAAAAAUCUGCCUUUCAAUUCUCAACAUCUCCGUUUUAUCCCGGAAAAUUCAAAUUAAUUUUUCCCAAAAUUUUUCAUCCUCCCCGUUAAAUCUCGCUGUCUUUUUUUUUUUUCUUUUUGUUCUUUACCCGGUCAGCUUUUUUCUCAUCAAAAAAAUUUGAACUGAAAAAAUGAACAGUCUGAGCAGCUUGCUUCUAGUUUGAUCCAGGUUUACAUUUUUGAGCUUUAUUAAGAAUUUCUGUAGCUGCUUGAACCAUAAAGUCAAGUCCUUUUUAAUUUUCGUUUUCUGGGUUUGGUUUUUUGCUCUUGCCCAUUUUCUCUUGAUUUUCUGGGUUUAUGUCUUGGAGUUUUAUGGUGUUUUGUUCUCAGGGAAAUGAUGGGUUUUUGAAAAGAAGUUGACAGCGAAUUUUUUUUCUUGUGGGGGAGUUUCUUUUUAAGUAUGGAAGGGAGGGAAGGAAUGAGUAGCACUGGAGUUACAGUGGUGGGAUCAGAUGCUCCAUCAGACUACCAUGUGGCUCCUAGGACCACUGAAAAUCCACCUCAAGUGAGUGGAUCAACACCAGCUAUAGGACCCCAAGUGGGUGUCACUCCGGCGCCGGCCACGGCGCCGGCCGGAAUGGUGGCUGCCACCACCACAGCGAAGAAGAAGAGGGGCAGGCCUCGAAAAUACGGCCCAGAUGGGUCAGUAACUAGUAUGGCACUCUCCCCUAAGCCAAUUUCGUCGUCGGUACCGCCUCCGGUGAUUGACUUCUCGUCGGAGAAACGUGGGAAAGUCCGACCAGCUGGGUCAUCUGGCAAGCACCACCAGCCUAGGGUGGAGAUGGAAGGCCUAGGUAAUGGUGAAUGGGUUUCAUGCUCGGUUGGAGCUAAUUUUACACCCCAUAUUAUUACUGUUAAUGCGGGAGAGGAUGUCACCAUGAAGGUAAUAUCAUUCUCUCAGCAGGGGCCUAGAGCCAUAUGUAUUCUGUCUGCUAAUGGUGUAAUUUCAAGUGUCACUCUUCGUCAGCCUGAUUCUUCUGGUGGUACAUUGACAUAUGAGGGUCGUUUUGAGAUACUCUCGUUAACUGGAUCAUUCAUGCCAUCUGAGACUGGAGGGAUAAGGAACAGAUCUGGUGGUAUGAGCGUCUCUUUAGCAAGCCCUGACGGACGUGUUGUUGGUGGCGGAGUUGCUGGUCUACUAGUUGCUGCUAGUCCUGUCCAGAUCGUUGUAGGCAGCUUCCUGGCUGGAAACCAACACGAGCCGAAGACCAAGAAGCAAAAGGCUGACCACAUAACAGUGAACCCAUCUGUUGCUUAUCCUAUCUCGAGUGCAGAAGUCGAGGACCCAUAUCGCACUUCCUCUUCCUUCCGUGGAGAAAAUUGGUCAUCGAUGCCGCCUGAUUCAAGGAAUAAGCCAGCUGACAUCAACGUAACUCUGCAUGGUUAAUAAAAUUUCGGCCCCCCCGUCUACGCAGAAGUUCGUGACUGACCAACCGCAUUGGUAUUUGUCCAGAAUUAUGAAUCUCACCCCUCCUGUUGUUUGUUUGUAAUCCUAGUACCGGCAUGUUGAUUUCCAGUGAGGUUUGUUGGAGUAAAUUUAACUAGUUUAGUGCAUUAAGCCGGACCGGCUUCUUCGCCUGUUUCCUGUUGUAGAAUGUUUUUUAGAUGUAAAAUUAUUGACUUCUGAAGUUCAAUUCUUAUCUGAGCAUAUGCGUUGUGAUUUCAGUCCC